CAAGAGGGCGUCGAGGAGAAAUACAGAAAGCAGAUCGAUUAUUGCAGCAACUAUUUCUUCCAUCUGAAUUUGCUGAUGAAGAGUGUCUUGAAGAUGAGUCUUGAGGAGUGAAUGAGAACUAACCCAGAAUGUUCUCGAUCCGAAUCGUAACGACAGACCAUUACCAGGGGUCCCCCAUACCAGGACUUGACGUCCAGUAUGCGGACUUCAGGGCCUCCGUUGUUAAGAAAGUUCCUGUGAUUAGAGUGUAUGGCUCAACAGCUCAAGGUCAGAAGACGUGCAUGCAUGUGCAUGGGGUGUUUCCGUACCUGUAUGUACCUUACGAUGGGACGCAGCCAUGGGAUCGAUACUUACGACUGUUUGCCAACAGCCUGGAUAAAGCCAUCAAUGUAGCCCAGGGAAAUGCCUCCUCAGAAAUACAGCACGUGUACAAAAUCACUCUAGUGUCUGGAAUUCCUAUGUACGGGUUCCAUGAAAAAGAACAACAGUUUCUGAAGAUUUACUUUUACAAUCCCAACAUCAUUAGAAGGGCUGCAGACUUAUUACUAGGGGGAGCUGUGUUAAACAAAGGAUUUCAGCCCCACGAGUCACAUAUACCCUACACAUUACAAAUGUUUAUAGACUACAAUCUUUAUGGAAUGAAUAUGUUGAACGUGGCAGCUGUCAAAUUCAGGAGAAGGAACCAGGACGAAAAUGCAAAUCCUGAAGUUUGUGUGGAGAACCGUGGGCCUGACCUGUCUUCCCCUUCUUCACUUGAUGGAUCACUCCAGGACUGGCUUAGUAACGCCUCCUUACAGUCCCAGCCAAUCUGGAACCAGGACACAAUCACAAGUGACCUGUACUUGGGGAAUGAGGUGGUCAGACAGAGUACAUGUGAACUUGAGGUAGACGUGGUGGCCGCUGACAUCAUUAACAGACUGGAAGUGGACGCAAACGUUGGAAACAAUCCUGGUCUGGCCGCUCUGUGGGAAGAUGAGAGACAAAGAAAACGAAACCAGGGUCAGUCAUCCCAGAUCACUCCUCCAGCCUCACAGGAUCGAGGGUCAGUGGAGAUCAGUGAGAGUGACCAGGCUCUUUCUGACCGCUUCAGGGAAAUUGUUCUCAGUCAGCUUCCUUAUGUUGACAGCCAACCGGAUUCCAUGUCUGAGUCCUCUCAGGAGGAAGCUCCGCCCACUCAGUCUGCCUCCAGUGUGGACUUCCAUUCCUCCCAGCAGGAAGAAGACUUUGAGGCCUCCCAGAGCACUGUUAUACUGGAUGAGGAAGAGGAAGAAGGAAGAACUGCCAUUGUCAACAUGGACUCUAUACAGAGAAUUGUGUCUAUGAGUCAGAGCUUCUCAGCCACACCUCUGUCACAGCAGUCAGAUGAGCCCCAGGAUCGGUCCCUGGCAGCAUUACUGGCGUCUCUGGCGGAGGAUGGUUCUCCCCCAGCGUCUCAGGCGGCCGCUGGUCAGGUGACUAUUCUAGAGGAGAAGGACAGCAUCCUGCUGGAGGCCCCUGUCGUCCCCGACGAUGAGACGGCGGAGAAAGACGAAGCCGAGACCCUGGAGAUGUCACAGAUUGUCUGGGAGGACGGCAGUCAGGGAAACGAUGGGAGUCAGGGCAACGAGGCCAAGGAAAAUAAAGGAGAGGAGUUGAACUUUGACCUGGAGGGCCUUGACACGACAUGGAACGACUCCCAGGCUGUUGCCGUUAGUGAUGAGGAGGAGGAUCUAAAGAUUCCCCAGUAUGAUGGGGCCAACGAUGAAAAACCACCGACAGCUAAAAAAAGCAAGAAGAAGAGACUUGGAGCCACAGGUCCAGUGAUAUCAGGGUUUGACAAAUCCUCGGCUCCCAGGCAGGCUCAGCAGACCACCUCCUUUGUUCCUGGCUACAACAACCCGACCCAGAACAUGUACAGACCUAACGAUAAUCAGUUCUCUAAUGGCAACCAGUACCCCUACCAAGGUCAAGGUUAUGGCAUGGAUUAUGGGAAUUACAACUACAACAAUAUGUGGAAUCAGCAGUCUACCUAUAGUGGUGGUAAUCCCACACCAGAUUAUGGAGGGCAGGGCUGGGAUCAGCAGAUGAACUGGAACAUGAUGAACUCCCCGAAUGGGAAUACUCAGCAAUCCCACCUUCAGCUAGGUCAAGGACAAGGAUUGGCCUUACCUCAAGGUCACCAACAGCAGGGAGGUUAUGGGCCGACCUCUCCUCAAGGUCGCUCACAACAGGGACUAACUUCAUCUCAAGGGCAGCCACAACAAGGAGUGCCAACACUUUCAUCUUCUCACAACAUGCAGACUUCACCGGGAAUACAGGCAACACAGGGCGGUGUGCAUUCACCUCAUGGGAUUCAGUCACCACAAGGAAUUCAGUCACCGCAUGGGAUUCAGUCACCGCAUGGUUUACAUUCACCGCAUGGCUUACAAUCACCACAUCGCUUACAGCAUGGAAAUUCCCAGGAGAAUUUAUCAUCCCCACACAGUUUACAGCUGGGAAAUUCUCAAAGAACUCUGCAGUCACCACAAAAUAUACAACCUGGAAACUCUCGUGAAAAUUUACAAUCGCCACAUAAUUUACUGCCUGGAAAUUCUCAAGGCAGUUUACAGUCACCACAGAGUUUUCAGCAAGUAAAUUCCCAGGGAAGUUUACAGUCACCUCAUGGUUUUCAGCUUGGAAAUUCCCGGGAUAGUUUACAUUCAUCCCAUGGAAGUGUUAAUUCUCUCUCUCCGAAUAUCAAUGCUUCUCUCAAUCCUCAGAACAUGAGUCAAGGUCAGAGCUUCCAACCCCCAGUCAUGGAGUCCAGAGAUUCCUUCAGUGCUCUUAUGAAUGACGAAACUUUAUCCAAUAAUCUGUGGAACUUCUCUGAGUUCGGAGGAUUGAGUGAUUCUGAUGGCACACUUUCUCAGGGUAGUGGUGGUAAUGGACAACUAUCACAAAAAUCAACUGACCAGAUGUUUUAUUCUCCGAGUCAGCCAAACUUCAGUACUCAAGGGGGGCCUGACCUGAAUUCUUCACAAGGACAGCUGAGUCAGUUCUCUCCAAACCAGCAGGGUAUGACCUCCACUCCAAUGGGGGUGUCUCAAAAUAGCCAAAUAAACAUGAAUGUCCAGGGUGGAAAUCAACCUUUGGGAGUUCACUAUAGUCAACCUGGCAACCAAAUUUUCCAAAGUUCUCAGGGAGGGGCCUCUCAAGGGAAUUACCCAGAAUUCAGUGGGUUUUCUCAGCAAGGAGGAUUCUCUCAGCCAGUUGACCCAAACAAUUGUUCUAGUUCCCAUUCAACAUAUCAUUCACAAACUAGUCCAAUGAAUAGCUCUACACAAUCUCAAAGCAGCGUGUUAUCAAACAGAAAUUUCAGUGCUCAAAGUGAUUUCACUUCAGUGAAGAAUGUGAGUUCUGUUUCUAAUAGUGCCAAUAGACUCCCUGGUAAUCAAAGACAUGUAGGGGGUGAAAGUAGUGAUCUCAGUCAGACACAGUACGCAUCGUCAGGUGGGAGUGGAGCAUACAAUGGGGCCCCCAGCGGGGUGCAGCCAAACAUGAAUACCUCUAGUGGUUCAUUAUCUGUGACAUCACAGUUUCCAAGAUCUCACCCAGAUUAUUCAACAGGAUCAAUUCCUCAGUAUUUGCCAAAAUUACAGGGCAGUGAAAGUUCUCAGAAUUCAUAUUCAUCACAUUCAUACCCGGGAUCUCAAUCUAACGGCCAGUUCAUUGAUUCUCAGAACAGCUUUAACAGUACUAACUGGAGUGAAUCUGUGACUCAUUAUAAUAAUCACCCCAAUGUUGGCUUCAGCAAUACUUCUGAGGGUAAUUCUCCUAAAACUCCUAAAAGAAGAGGUCCAAAGAAAAAAUCGGAGGACAGCUCUGCAGGAAGCAAUACAAAGAAAAAGCCUGGUAGAAAAUCUUCGCCAAAAUCUGUGAUUAGUUCUGCCACUGUGAAAAAGGAAUCCAGUGGGGGGAGCUCACUAGGAAGUGUGUUAGAGAGGUCAACCUCAUUCCAGCCCCGGGGUCCCAUCCCUGGGGGCGGGAAUCUCCUGGAGAAACUCCUCAUGACAAACGAAAGUGACAACAUAAAGUCUGAACCCGGAUCUAAGGCUCCAAGUACUCCCUCCAAAAACUUGUCCUCAAAAUCAGCAUUCCAUUCCUCUGGUGACACAAACAUUCUGAAACUUUCUGUUGGUAGUUCAGUGCAGCAGACUACAGCUGUUGCCAAAAUUUCACCUCCAGAAACAAAUUUUAUCCAUCCAACACCAAAAGGAGUUUAUAAUUCAUCUUUACCCUCAUCUAGCCAGGCUGCAGGCCAACCACAGAUGGCAAAUUCUAGCUUAACACAUUAUUUAUCUCCGUUUAGAGAGAAAACUCCAGAGAGUGAUAAAUGGCCACAGAGAGGGACAUUAAAUCCUCAAGGUUCACUCUUCAGUCUGCAGGACUUGGUGACAAACGUUUCCCAGAAGACUCAGUUUGGUCAUGACGUCCGUCAGAUCGCGACCGACGGCAAACCAUACUCAUGCUCAGAAGCUGAACUUCAGAGUUACAUUCAAAAGAAUAUUGGUUUAUUGGAGUCUCCAGACACAGAGGGUGAUGUAGAGAGGACUAAUGAGAGUGAAAUCCCCAUCAGAAAACCCACAAAUGUGUCUGAACUCAUCAGGAGUAAAGUGGAAACAGAGUCCCGGAAAAAGAAUUCAUUGUCUGCAAAAGAAACUCCACCCAGGAGAUUUUCCACCCCUAGUGUUGGUGGAUAUACUCCAAUGCCUGGCAUGGUCACUCCUGGCAGAGAAAGAACUUUGUCAUUGUCUGACUCCAUCAGUCACCAUUCCAUGCCUUAUGUUGAAUGUUCAGGCAGAUCCAUGUCGAAUACUGCUAGUCACGUUCCUACCCCUGGUGCUGAGGUGAUGAUCAGUAACAGACCUUCAUUGUCGAGUGUCCCAGGUAACUGCCCUGUUGUUAACUCGGAUGGAGUGAGCAGAGACAGGGCUUUGUCUAUGUCUAGUAAUCCAGUGGCCGCUCCUGUCUCAAACGCAGAGUUCUCAGCUCGAGCGAGAACAAUGUCUACCUCAAGUUCCAGUAGCAAUAGGACAGAGUUCACAAAGUCCCUGAAGCAGAAGUCAGUCAACAGGCCUUCCUUGGUGCGAUCCUUCAGCACACCCGCUCCUCAGAAAGUUGUGGAGGCUGUGAAGAGAAAGCGAGGCCGACCUCGGAAGAUACCAGUCCCUGCUAUUCCACUACAGCCCUCUAAGUAUACCUACUCCUUCACUGUCCCAGCCCCGGUCUACAAGAAAGUUAAUUACAUUCAGCUGAAACACCGUCCACCCAGGGAAGGAGUUAAGAUUGUUCGUAUGCAUCCUAUGGAUGCCCGUAGAUACAGUUUGUUGAAAAUUGGAAGGGAAGUGGUAAAACUGAAGAAGCUUUCAGACAAGGAAUUGGAAAAAGUGAAACCCACUGAACAAAGUAAAGUAAAGUCUAAGGUCCUUAAAAAGCCUCUUCAAAGGAGAAACACUGUGCCUACUGUGGAUAGGAGUAAGAAAUACCCAAGUUAUGAAGAACUGAGAGUAGAAGUGGCCAAGUCAAAAGGAGCCACAAAACUGGUGGCUGAAAGAGAAAGAACUUUCUCAGAUCUUUGGUGUGUAGAUGACAAGACUUAUGGGCCCCAACCCAUACAAAAAAUCACCCUGGCUUCCAUCAUUGACAAGGCCUUCAGCUCUCUGUCGUCUGAGGAGGACUAUCAACCCAUGACCACAGGCUGCGAGGAAGAGGAACUGAAAGUAGGACAGGAACCAGAUCAGCCGAGUCCAAGCAUCAUCCAGACACAGGGUGGGAGAGAGGAUCAGCCCAAACAGAAGGGAGGGAUGUAUCAGGACCAGUUCUUUAAAUACCUCCAGCAGGCCACUGACAUGCCAGUACCUGUGGACGAGAAGUACAGGAAGAACGGACAUGGACCCAGUCAGCUAAAAGUCUCUGUGAGUAAAGCUGCACGAAAGAAAAAGCUGCUAAAGCUUCAUAAAAAGCUCCCCCUGGUGAUUGAUCCAGAUAAGGAGGAGUUACCUGAUCCUGUUCUAAAGGAUGUGAGCCUGACAGAAGCCUCGGAUGGUUCGAACACUCCGGUUCAAUCCCGGACACCGAUCACUGGUAGAAGUCCCAUAAGGCCUCAGCCACCGGGAGAGACCUACAGGCUGUUUGAUUCCGACGUCCUCGAUCCGCGAAUCAAGAGCAGCUCCGAGGACACAGACACCUCCACAUCAGAGAGAGAGGAUUGUCAGAAAGAUCCAGAUAACGAUUCAGAGAGAGAAGAGGUGGAUAAUCAGAAAAAUCCAGAGGAUGUGAAUAUUCAGAAAGAUUUAGAUAACUUGAAAGAUUCAGGAAAAGAGGAGAUGGACAGUCAGUUAGAUCUAGAAGAGAUGGAUUCUCAGAAAGAUCCAGAUGAAGAUUUAGACAAGGAAGGAGAGCUGAGUGGUUACUGUGGAAAUAAUGAAGUGGAAACGUUCCAGGUGAAGGUAUGUGCCUCACCACAAACAAACAUCAUAGACUUAACAGAAUCUCAGUCCUCAUCAGAUUCCCAGCUGUCUGUCCAGGCAGCAGCAGAAAUGGAGGACAAAACUGAUAGUGGGAAAUGUUCAGAGCAGUCAUCAACAUUGCACAAAAAGUCAGAUUCAAUGCCAGAUCUUUCUAGUGAUAGAAAAAAUGAAAGUCAAUCAACUUUAUCACAGAAAAAUGUGGGAAAUGCAGAAGAUUCCUCCUUGGUGGACUUGAAUGAAGCUAAUCCUAGUGAAAACAGGCAGACUGAUACAGCAAAAGACAGUCUUAAUUUUUCUUUUGUUGAGAAUAAGGAAACAAAUGAGAAAUGUGAUCAGUCUCCUCCUCAGGAUUUAACUGUGGAGAAAAACCCUACAGCUCAGAAUUCAAAUGAGAAAUGUGUUCACUCUCCCUCACAAGAUUUAACUGUGGAGAAAAAUCCUACAGCUCAAAAAACGAAUGAUAAAGGUUUCCAAUCUCUGUCACUGGAAUCAAGUGUGGAAAAUAACCCAACAGCUCAGAAAACGAAUGAGAAAUGUGUUCAGUCUCCCUCACAGGAAUCCAGUGCGGAAAGUGGUCCCCCAAGUAACAAGAGCUCAGACCUAGAAAAUAUGCUGCCUGCUUCGGACAACAAAAGACUCCCUGAGUCAGAGGACAGCAGAAAAACCUCACAAUUUGAAGGUCAUAUGACAAGGUCAAGGUCUUCUAGUGACAGUAGCUGCAGAAAGCAAGCAAAGGUGGAAAAAUCAAAAAACAAGAAAUUGAGUGAGUCUGAUAAUGAAAAAACGAGGAAAUCUGUUCGAAUUGACCGUAGAGAAAGAAAGAGGAAACAGGAAAUACCAGGUGUGGAUUACUUAGUAACAGGAAAGUUCAAAGGUCAUAAAAAAAUGACAGUUCAGCUAAAAAAAUUAAAUAUAUCAAAUGGAACUGUAGUCAAAUUAUCUCAAGAUUUCUCAUUUAACUCACUCUUUCAGAAAAAUGGAUUAAGUCAGAACAAAACUGUUCAAGCGCCAGAGAUGGCCGCUCAUGAAUUGUUUUGUGACAAUAUCUUCGAAAAAUUUAAAUCCUUACAAGACUCAAAAUUUUUUGGAAAUAUAGUUUCUGAUGAUUCAUCCAAAGAUUCCACUUAUUUUCAGCCGAGAAAAAGCCGCUUGUCCCUGUUAAGAAGAAGCCGACCAAACGAUGACGUGAUCGAGAUAAGCAGCUCGGAGGACGAGGGGGAAACGCCUGGUCUAGAUCUACAGCCCGUGAUAAACAGUGACUGGACGUCUCAUGAUUCUGUGAUAUUUAUAGACAAUGAUAUUGACGAUAAUGAUGAUGAUAAUGAUGAAAUGGACGAUGGGAAAGACAGUUGUGAAGAAAACUCUGUAAACAGCAGGCCAGCCAAAACUACUACUAAAUAUGUCAAGAAGAAGAAAAAGUUAAGCAAGAGUCGUAAAAUUCAUACAGCCUUUAACGGAGCGAGUUACAGGGCCAGGAAGAGACGAUCUCGAUCUCACUCAGGUAAACUGAUGACGAGUCUGUCUGUGCUGCAUCAGGCCACCCUGGCUAAUCUGAUGGACGUGGCUCCAUCUUACUGCGACGCGACUGAUGACUACAGAACUAAGUAUGACGACGCCCUGUAUACUAUGUCUCUUUAUUCACCCCCACCCCCCGAGGAACUAGAAAAGUCCCCUCCCCGACCCUACAGCCCGACAGAUCUCGGAGACAUUGAUUCCUCACCAGAGAAAACUAACGUGUUUAAUGAUCUACACCAAGCUUUGAUGUCUGAUGAGGAGAGCAGGUCACCAGUUUAUUCACCAAUCAAGUCAUCACAGUUGGUGAGUGUUAAUGUAUCCCCUGUAAAGAAAGUCUCCUCUCUGAGUUUAAGUGACUUGGACUUAAGCAAUCAAAUUGUUGAAGAAAGAACAGAAAAUGAAUGCUGUUUUAACAAGGCAGAUGAGCUUAAAAGAGAUGCAGAGGAAGUAAAGGACAGAGAUGUUCAAGUUCAAAAUGUGGAAUUCAGAAAGAAACAGAAUGAGGGGUCAUCUCAGGAGCUUUGUGUUAAUGCUGACCGUAUUUCAUUGAAAUCCUCAUCCCAGACAGAUUUACAGACCAGAACUAAUGAGGAUCAAUGUAAGGGUUUUAUUCCAGAGAAAUUAACAACAGAACUGGUAUUCAAUGUGACAAAUAAAGGUACAUAUCCCAGAGGAUCUAAAAUUGGACCUUUACAUUUCAAACGUAAGGCAGUUGUGAAGUUACAGCCUUUAACAGAGCGAGAGAUAAAGCGGUACUGCUUUAGGACCAUCUGCUCUGGGAAGGAGAAUGUCCCUGUGGUCAGUGACAACGAGAGCUUCUCCCCCCCAGACCUGGGCCCCCCAAUCAUUCAAAAGUACGGGAAAUAUACCAAGGAGGAUUCCAAAAGUCCACCCAACCUUGUCAGAAACGACCAAUUUAUGGAUUCCGAAGAAAGUGGAACUCCUGAUUUGCUGGAAGUUCGUGAAUCAGAACAGAAUGAAGAGAGAAUGCCAGUAGUUAAUGGAUCAGAAAUCAUCAUGUCCAUGGCUAACCACAGAACAAUGAAAGGGACCGAAGAGAAAAGUCUGCCAAAGCCAGGGACCGGGGAAACUCAGGUGGAGGAUCAGUCUAGUAUCGACCGAGGUACCCAGCAACCGGACGGGUGUCAUAGAAACCAGGAGAAGAUAACCAGGAAAAGGAGACCAUCUCCUCCACAGGGGCACGGACAGAAAAUGUUCCGAUCGUUGUCACCGCCCAGGAGGAGAGUCCUGAGACCAAGGGAAGCCCCGCCCACUAGACUGAGGGUGGAGGAGACGGCAGGGCAGUACGGACUUCACACCGUCAUUCACCAGGAGGCCUUCUGUAGCAACGCUGAUGACGUACCCGAAAAACCAAGGGAGGUGGGUGGGAGAAUCCUAACUCUACAGUCCAAUAGGAUGACAGGGUUGAUGGAAUACUUGGGCACGGUGGCCUGUGAGGGACUGUCCACAAUCAGACAAAUCCUGGCCGCCACUGACCGCAUCAUGCCCUCACAGUCAGACAAUCAAACCCUCAUGGACUCUAUCACAAGAGACCACACCCUGCGAUGCUCGGUGCUCGGUGACCGACUGGUUACCAUGGUACCCUGUAAACAGGCCCCAUCCCCGGCCCGCGUGAGAUCCUGGUUAGAGAAGAAAGAACUAUACAGGCAACAGAAGACGAAGGAAAAGUCUGGGAAAAGUCAGGAGAGUGACUCCCGAGAGAAAGGAAAAGAAUGCAGUGAUUCACAGGAAAAUGGGAAAUCUGUGGAAUUUACUAAGAUAGUGACACUAACCCCACAUCAGCAGAAAGUGGAGGAUUUAGGUAUAAACAUUAAUGAAACUCCAAAACAAAGGUUUCUUACCAGAGAAGUUAGCUUUAAUGAGACAACUGAAAUAUUUCAUGUUGAUGAUGACAGUUUUUCCCCAGUGAAACAUAAUGGUGAAACAAGUAUGUGUUUAGAAAGUACACCACCAGCUUGUCAAGAGAGGGAAUCGGACUCAGUGUUUAAAUCCCCGGACUCUGACGAUGAGGAUAUAAUCAGUCCCUCCCCUCCCCAGCAGGCCAUGUCCUCAUUCAGAAGACGAGCGGACGUCAUCAGCCCCUCCCCACCCAAAACAACGAUAAGAUCAAUAAGGAAGGACUCUCAACAGCUGGGAAAAUCCCUGACAUCCAGAAUGAGGCUUAGCCAGAUGUCGUCUGCAACACUCCCAAAAAAGCAGUCAUGUGACUUAGUACGGAGAAAUUUGAUUGGCUCCUCACAUAGCACCCCAGUAUCUUCACGGGAUCAAAAAUCUCUGAUAGAGGGAAUCGAUGUGACUCCAAUCUCUGGCAAUGUAGAUGCAGACAAGAAAGUUAGAUUAAGUGAAGAGACUUCUGGAGAAUUUCAGACCCCACGUAGAGUAACAUUACCCAGGAAACAGUCGGUAGAAAAAGGAGAUCCUAGACGAUCACUGAUGUCCUCAGCUGAAAUGAGGGAUAUGGCUACCCCCACAAACUCUAAAGGGAAUGUGUCUCAGAUCGAUGGCCCCACCCCAAAGAACUCGUUUGGAUUUAAAGUCAGUCAGCACAACUUCCAAGAUGCAAAAGCACUUCACGAGGUACAGAACCUGACAGUGAUGAGUCUGGAGCUACACGCAGAGACGCGACGUGACCUGAUGCCUGACCCCGAGAUUGACCCCAUCCUCGCCGUCUUCUACAACAUUUUCAAUGACGUGUCUGCGGAGGACAAAAAGUGUGACAUCACCGGGGUCAUUCUGGUGGACAGGAAGUCCAAGGAAAGCCAGGAAGCCGCGAAAAAUAGUAAGAAAUCAACCGUCACCCAACCCACAUCUCCACAGCCCUCCACGUCGCAUGACACAGGGUCAAAGGUCAGGUCAUCCGAUCAACCUUCAACCUCCUACCAGCGAGCCCCCUCCCCACAACCCUCCACAUCAAGUCACCCUGCUCCGUCACAGAAAGGGAAAAGGUCAAGGUCACGAAGCCCCUCCCCCAAACCAGUGCGAAAGAUCCCCAAGGCGUCGGAGAUAGAAGACACAGUGCUGCAGAAAUCCGGGGUGAAUGAAGACUUAGAAGUCACUUACGUGGAAAAUGAAGAGGAACUGUUUCAAGAAGUCCUCAAGUUGUUCUCCAAGUGGGACCCUGAUAUUCUGGUCGGGUUUGAGAUUCAGAAGUUGUCCUGGGGUUACCUGUUACAGCGAGCCUCACAUCUCAGUGUUAACCUGUGUGCUCAGAUGUCAAGGAUACCAGAUGAGAAGAAGAAGAGCAGUUUUAAGGCGGAGAGUGAUGAAUGGGGAGCGGACCACUCCUCUGAGAUCCACCUCGCUGGACGUAUCAUCCUGAAUCUGUGGAGGAUCCUAAGACAUGAGGUGACGCUGAACAUUUACACAUUUGAGAAUAUAGCCCACCAUGUGAUUCACAAGAGGGUGCCCCAUUACAGCUUCCAGACCCUCAACUCCUGGUUCAAACACAGAACACAUCUGUACAGGUGGCGCUUCAUCAGGUACUACUUAAUUCGAGUACAGAGUAACUUAAAAAUCAUAGACCAGCUGGACUUGAUUGGGAGGACGAGUGAGUUUGCUCGAGUAUUCGGGAUCGAGUUUUACCAUGUUCUCUCCAGAGGCUCACAGUACCGUGUGGAGUCUAUGAUGUUGAGGUUAGCCAAACCUAUGAAUUUUAUUCCGGCCUCCCCCAGCGUUCAGCAGAGAGCCCGUAUGAGGGCCCCCGAGUGUAUCCCCCUGACCCUGGAGCCCGAGUCUCGUUUCUAUGCCAACCCUGUAGUUGUCCUUGACUUCCAGUCCCUGUAUCCCUCCAUUAUGAUUGCGUACAACUACUGCUUCUCCACCUGUGUGGGCAGACUGGACUUCCUGGAGUCAGCCCAUGAGGGCCCAAUAGAGUUUGGAUGUACUCAUCUGCGUAUCUCUCCUAAAACCCUUAAUAGAAUAAAGAAUGACGUAACUGUGUCUCCCAAUGGAGUUGUGUUUGUUAAGGAGCAUGUCAGAAAAGGGAUCAUCUCCAAAAUGGUUGAAGAGAUUCUGAACACUCGUAUUAUGGUGAAGAAAUCGAUGAAGGAGCAUAAAGAUGAUAAAGGAUUGUAUCGCCUUCUGGACGCUCGACAAAUGGGACUCAAACUCAUUGCCAACGUUACAUAUGGUUACACAGGGGCUAACUUCUCAGGGAGAAUGCCAUGUAUUGAGGUUGGGGACAGCAUUGUGAGGAAGGCUCGAGAGACCCUGGAACGAGCGAUCCGAUUGGUGGAGGAUAGGCCGGAGUGGGGGGCGCGAGUUGUCUAUGGUGACACGGACAGUAUGUUUAUUGAGAUGAAGGGUAAAAGUAAAGAAGAGGCCUUCACCAUUGGACAUGAAAUCUGUGAUGCUGUAACAGCUAUGAACCCGAAGCCAAUCAAACUGAAGUUUGAAAAGGUAUAUUACCCGUGUGUCUUACAAACAAAGAAGCGAUACGUGGGUUACAGUUACGAGACCGUGGACCAGAAGGAACCCGUGUUUGACGCCAAGGGUAUCGAGACAGUCCGACGAGACUCGUGUUCAGCCGUAUCCAAGAUUCUGGAGCGUUCUAUUAAGAUUCUGUUUGGAUGUAAGGAUGUAUCUAAAGUGAAGGACUAUGUAUUACGUCAGUGCCAGAAGUUCAUGGAAGGAAAAGUCAGCAUGCAGGACUGUAUAUUUGCCAAGGAGUACCGCGGAAUGAAGGGUUAUAAACCUGGAGCUUGUGUACCGGCCCUGGAGAUUGCCAAGAAGUUACUGAGACACGACAGACGAGCGGAGCCGCGUACCGGGGAGCGAGUUCCGUACGUAAUUAUUUACGGCAGUCCAGGACUUCCGCUGAUACAGUUAGUACGACAGCCACACGAGGUCCUCGCUGACCCGUCCCUGAGACUGAAUGCCACGUAUUACAUCACCAAACAGAUCCUGCCACCACUAGACCGACUCUUCUCUCUCAUCGGGGUCGACGUCUUCUCAUGGUAUAAUGACAUGCCAAAAGUUGUGCGAGUCGUGCCGUCUGCUCUCCUUGCUCCUGACCAGAAGAAGGGAACUAUUUCUCAGUACUUCUCAGCCACCAAUUGUCCUGUGUGUGACAGACAGACCAAUCAGGCGAUCUGUAACAGCUGUAUUAAGGACCCUCAGAAUGUUUGUGUCACCCUCUGUGAUAGGAUCAGGAAAUGGGAGAAGGUCUACUCUGACCUGGUCAAGGUGUGUAAUACUUGUAUGGGAGCUCAGGAUGAGAAUCAGCCAUGCGUAUCGCUGGACUGUCCAAUCAUGUUCCGUCGUGUUCUAGCGAAACAAGAUGUGCAGAAAGGGACACAACUCCGAGAGGUUGUCAACAAAGCAUUGGAUUUUUGAUUUUGACUGCCACUUGAGUUACUUUUUUGGAUGAGAUGUAACUAAUACUUGACAUGUACAGUAAAAACUGGACUAUGUACAAUAAUACUGGAUUUGUGUUCAGUAAAUACUGGACUUGUGUACAGUAAAUACAGUACAUAUUGGACUAUGUACAAUAAUACUGGACUUGUGUACAAUUAAAACUGGACUAUGUACAAUAAUACUGGACUUGUGUUCAGUAAAUACUGGACUUGUGUACAGUAAAUACAGUACAUAUUGGACUAUGUACAAUAAUACUGGACUUGUGUACAAUUAAAACUGGACUAUGUACAAUAAUACUGGACUUGUGUUCAGUAAAUACUGGACUAUGUACAGUAAAAAUACUGGACUAUGUACAAUAAUACUGGACUUGUGUAGGGUAAAAUUAAAUAGUGGACUAUCUACAAUUAAUACUCAACCAUGUACAGAAAUAAUGGACUGAUGAAAAGUAAAGCCAGGACAAGUGUAAUUCUGAACAAAAGUACAAUACACCAUGUAUACUGGGACUGGUCACUGAUGUUUGAUGAAUAAUUGACUAAGUGCAUGGUGCAUGUACUAUGGAAUAGUUAAUUGAGUAGUGUACAAUAAAUACCAGACUUGCAUACUGGAUUAAUAUAUUUGGCCAGUAUCAUUCUAUAAUCCUUGUUAAUUUUUUGGAUGAUUUCUAGUGAACGUGUAAGUGUGAAAAAAAGUCCUGAAGAAAUUUUACUUCAUCUGAACACAGUACUUCCUGUUUAAUGGUCCAGCUGAUAAGCCUGUGCCUUAAGAUUUAAUGAUGAUAGGUUAGAGGCCGUAUCAUACAUUCAACUGACUGCUCUCAUACUCGUAUCAUGCUGUCAUUUCAUCAAUGAUGACUAACUUUUGUUUCAUUAUACACGUAAAUCAUCAUUGAUUUUAAGUUCUUUUCAGAACUAGUAGCAUUCCAGUAUUUUUUUUUUCUCUCCAGAUUCAUAAAUACCUCUGGCUAUGGAAAAUUGUGCCUCAUUUUUGUUUAAAGAUUGUCUAAAAAUGAACAGGUGAUGUCACUGAAAUGGUCAAAUUGUUACAGUCUUUAAUGAGUCUUAGACAUGUUAGGUGAUAUUGAUGUUUAUAAUCAAAACGGUUUUCACAUCUCUUGCAUUGUGAACGAAUUUUCCCCUUGCUCAACAUUUUCCAUCAUAACAUGAUGUAUUUUCUUCCCACUGUUCAGUUUGGAGUGGUAGAGAACUCUUUCAGUAUAGUGCUAUGAAUUUUGGCAUUUUGUGUAUUUACUUGCUCAAGCCAUCCGUGUACCAUUUUGUUGCCAUGGUUCUGGUCUCCAUGACGAUUGACUGUGAUAUCUAUGCAGCUAUUAGGUUAAUCUUGUAUAUAUAGAAAUUGUAGGUGCUUAUUGUACAUAUUGCUGAUACAUAAAUUGUAUAUUUGUGAUUGUUUUAUUAUGCCCCCACUUUAAGUUGACAGAAUUGUUAUAAUAGUAGUUUUUAAAAUGGUAUAUUUUCUUCAGGAUCUCAAAGAAAUAUAAUUUUGUAAAUGCAUGGAACUUUCAAUGACUGUAAAAUUUCUAAGUAGGAUCUUCAGCUUGAAGUCAUAUUUUAUCAAGUCUUUCUGAUAUUUUGUUUAUACAUGUAUUUUAAAUAAUGAUAGUGACUCUGUUAUGUUGCCUAUUUCAUAUGUUUAUAGACUUGUUACAUUAUAGUUUAAUAGCUAGUCUUGUUUUAAAAAUUUAAAUGAUUGAGAAUUUGUGAAUGAUUGAUAUAAUAAAUCUGCUGUAAUUUUUUA